GAUAGAUCCCAGUUCUUGACGAGAAAUUUUCCCGUGUAAUCACCGUGUUCAAGGUGUCCGUGGUGUUUCAAGUCCUAACAGCCUCCGUGAGACUCCCCCCUCUCCGCUUCCCACGCCUCCUGGGUCCUUUGGCCCCCGGCUCCACCUCCCCCCCCCCAUUGAGUGACCUGGUUGGUGGUUCCAGUCUGGAUUUCAUCAGAAAAGAAGUCUCUGGAGCCCAAGUCCCAUUAGAGUGAAGCCAGUGAAAGGAUCCAUUGUGACAAGAUGAGUUCGGAUUUUGGCUUAUUAGACAUCCUUAUCAACGAUGCGGGCUUGGCCAGUGGCUCGCCCAGCCUAGAUAUGGGCGAUUUUGAGGGCGUGGAGCCCUUCAAAUUGGGCCAAUCUGGAGGCGGGUCGGAUAUGCUAACCUAUAGCAUGGAACAGAGUGGGAUUUUGCCGAGUGACAAGAACCUGGAAUCCAAUCCCGAUAGAAUCUGGGGCAAGGAAACCGACGACCUCCUUCAAUCCAUUCUGACUGGGAAUGACAGUCACUUGGGUUUUGGAUGCUCAGAAUUCGAUGGACCUUUCUCGGACACGAGCUCGGACUCGGGAUGCAAUCUGGAGCAGCAACUUCUCUCGCCUGGAUCCAGUUCCAUAACCCAUCUGGACGACCAGAAUCAGACUCUGAGUCCACAAUCUGGCACGUCCUCCUCCUCCCCCUCCAGUGGAGGAAACCUCAUGGAAUACGUUUCGAGCAACACCGAAGAGGAAGACAAUGAUCAACCUUUGCAAGUGGUGAAUCCGGUCACAAAUUCUCCUGAACCAAUCACGAUUGUAACAUCGGCCACACAAGCGAAGAAGAACCCCAAGAACUUUGCCCAAAUCAUCACCCCAGUCAAGCCUGGACUGGUCACAACCUCAGCCACGAGAUCCAUCAACGUCCAACAGAUCAAGACCAUUCCAAGCGUACAAACUGGAACCACCACAACGAUUGUGCUCCCAGUCAUCAACGCCCGACAACAAACCUUGAAGUCACCUUCAUUAUUGCAACCAUCUCCUCCAUCAUCGAAGCGGAGACGGAUUUCAGUGUCCUCGAGUGAUUCUGGCCUAGACGAUAUCGUGACCACGCCCUCUCCAGUUCGGGGAGGUGGCUCAUCCUCUACGUCCAAGUAUCCCCCGUUGCUUUUGAAUGAGGAGGAGAAACGUCUCUGCGAACGAGAAUGCGUGAAAUUGCCCUCUCAUUAUCCGUUGAGUCGGGAGGAGGAGAAGAAUUUAAAACGAAUCCGAAGGAAAAUCCGAAAUAAGGUGUCGGCCCAGGACUCGAGGAAACGGAAAAAAGAAUACGUGGAUGCCAUGGAGGAACGGGUCCGCAAUUGUACGAACGAAAACGACGAGCUGAACAAGAAAAUCGAGCUCUUGGAGACUCAGAAUAAGACCUUGGCUGGACAAUUGCGCCGGUUACACCAGAUCAUCACCAACGGAGGUCUCAAGCAAACCCAAACAUCUACGGCCAUGAUGGUCCUUCUUCUCAGCACAGCGCUGUUCCUCAUACCCGGAUUUAAGGACCAACAAGAAAGCAAAUGCGAUUUGGACAUUACGCAAGCGGUGAAGAUGCCCCCCAUGCCCGGCCAAUCCCGCUCUCUUCUUCACUUCACACCGCAAAACACCAUCAAGCAAGAGUUCGCAGCCAAUCCGGCCAUGAAUGGCGAGGAGCUCACAAAUGGUUUGGAGGACGCAGUCACUCCCCGCAAGAAUACGCCCAUGGCGGAUCACGAUUACUUCGCGACCAAGAUGGGCCGGAUGUCAGCGGGAUCAGUGGGGCGAGUGGGCGUGGGGAAGAGCAUACUGGACACGUCUCGCAAGGUCAGCUACAUAGAAGAGGAUGCCCCGCCCCUAGGGUAUGGGCCGGAUAAGCUGAUGGAUGUCGUGGGAGCGGUGGAAGAGGUGAAGGCGGAACCGUUCAUCGAGGUCGAGGUCACCACAAGCGAUGAGAUCAUUGAAAAACGCAUUAAUGUGACCAGUGGCGAGUCUGGCAUGAGAACGGUGGUUCUCCACGUUCCCAAGGACUUCAAAUAAAUCCGUCGAUGUUAACGCGACUUUCUGGGAAACAAUAUUGUACACAAAACGCAUGUCUGUCUGACCGACAACGAGAUAUCGAGACGAUCCUGAGUGGAAUUCGGGCUAUUUGAAUUUUGAAUUCAGUACUAAACUAAUUGAGCUAAAGCAUCCCUGUGAUAAUUGCUAAAUGUGAAAUUUCUUUCGAAAGGACACGCUACGUUUUUUGAACAUUUUUCCCUCUCACAAACCCCUCGGUGUUCUUUUUUUUUUAAAUCAAGAUUAAUUGCGUUCCACUUGGUUGUCAUCAUUUCUCGAAGUCCGAGUCGACCUAGAAUUGUAUUUUUCUUGCCUUGGGAAGAGCCCAUAUGUAGCUAUAUUUCAUUGUACUUCCGUAAGGAUACAAUGCUAUAUUCAGGCUCGCCCCUCCCCCUCCCACAAAACCUCAAAGCUCCCUUAAACUUCUGAUCAUCAUGGCCUCAUGUUUGGAAAUCCAAUAAGGAUUCAUUUGUUAAUAUGUGUCAUCAUCUCUGUGCUUUUGAUUAUGUAUUCCUCCGUUGUUGAAGAACUGUUUUAUAUACCACCUACAAAAAUGUAAAUAGUGCAAAAACAAAGAUAAAAUAAAAGGCAAACAUAUAAA